CGAUUGCCCUCGUCGGUGGGGCAUAAAAAUAAUUUCCACGCCGCUCGGCAAAUCAGUUUAUUUCUGUUCUGUUGAGUUGCAGGAACGCGUUCUUUUCUACUUUCCGUUCGGUUUUAUUUCCUUAUUAUUAUUGUUAUUACGAAUUAGUUUCACGUUUCGGUUUGGCUUGGUUUUUUAUUUUUCAAACGGCACACACCAUCAACACAAUUCGAUCGAUAAUAUUCCAGAUAUUAUUUGCUUCGGUUAUUUCUAUUUGUAUGAGUACAACAUUUUUGCGUUUGUCUCGUCUUUUGUUUUGUGGAGCGUUCGGUUAUUAUUAAAAAUAUAAAAGCAAACAUCGCCAGAAAAUUGUUUCGUAAUCGCGUAGGCACCUACGAUUAGCAACCACUCUUAUUUGAUUUUCCCCCGUACAGAAAACAAACAGCAGCUACCGCAACAUGGUCGAGGGUCAGACAGCCGUGCAGCAGCAGCAGCAACCACCAUCCGGCGCGGGCGGUGCCAGCGGCGUGGGAAGCACCACCGGAUCCGCAGGAGGACCGACUCCGGCCAACAAUGUGACCAACAGUCAGCCCCAAACCAAUGGGGGUACCACUGCGGCAACAACUGCCGCAGCGGGUACCGGAUCCACGACAAAUGCGGCCGGUGGUCAGGCCACAGCAAACAAUGCUGCGAGCAACAACAAUAAUAAUAAUAAUAAUACCAACAACAACAAUAACAAUAACGCCACUGCAAACAACAACAACAACAAUAAUAAUGAACCAGACCCCAAGACCAAUUUGAUUGUGAACUACUUGCCACAGACGAUGUCGCAGGACGAGAUUCGUUCGUUGUUCGUCAGUUUUGGCGAGGUGGAGAGCUGCAAGUUGAUACGCGACAAGGUGACAGGCCAAAGUCUGGGGUACGGAUUCGUGAACUAUGUGAAGCAGGAGGAUGCGGAAAAGGCAAUCAACGCAUUGAACGGCCUCAGGCUGCAGAACAAAACCAUCAAGGUCUCCAUUGCGCGCCCCAGCUCCGAGAGCAUCAAGGGUGCCAAUCUCUAUGUAUCGGGUCUUCCAAAAAAUAUGACACAGUCGGAUUUGGAAUCAUUGUUCAGUCCGUACGGCAAGAUCAUAACCUCGCGUAUUCUUUGUGAUAAUAUCACUGGUCUCUCCAAGGGCGUUGGCUUUAUACGUUUCGAUCAGAGAUUUGAGGCCGACCGGGCCAUAAAAGAGCUGAACGGCACCACUCCGAAGAAUUCCACCGAACCCAUAACCGUCAAGUUCGCCAACAAUCCUAGCAGCAAUAAGAACAGCAUGCAGCCUUUGGCUGCCUACAUCGCGCCCCAAAACACGCGUGGCGGACGAGCAUUUCCGGCCAACGCUGCUGCCGGAGCGGCAGCCGCCGCCGCUGCAGCUGCCAUUCAUCCCAACGCGGGACGUUACAGCUCUGUAAUCUCGCGGUACUCACCGCUGACCAGUGACCUGAUCACCAAUGGCAUGAUCCAGGGCAACACCAUUGCCAGCUCCGGCUGGUGCAUUUUCGUCUACAACCUGGCGCCCGAGACCGAGGAGAACGUGCUGUGGCAGCUGUUUGGGCCUUUCGGAGCAGUGCAGUCUGUUAAGGUGAUUCGUGAUCUGCAGAGCAACAAGUGCAAGGGCUUUGGCUUUGUCACCAUGACGAAUUACGAAGAGGCUGUUCUGGCCAUUCAAUCGCUGAACGGCUACACACUUGGCAACCGAGUUCUUCAGGUCAGCUUCAAGACCAACAAGAACAAGCAAACGUAAUUAUUAACCAAGUUGGCUGCUGUUGUCAAUGCCAAUGCGGCGGCGGCAGCUCUGGCGGCCAAUGGUCUAGUCCUCCAUAAUCAUCACCACCACAGCAACAUCGGUAGCAUCAACAAUAAUAAUAAUAACAGCAACGGCUGCAGCGCAGCAGCCUAUCAACUUGGCAAAUACGCUAACCACAGCAGCAACAACAGGCAGCACAACAUCAACAAUAGCACUAGCAAUAUGAGCAAACAGAAGCCAGCAUCCUCGAGCAACAAGCAACAUUCAAUGGCGCCACCUAAGAGAUUGGCGAGCAGCACUGCAGCAACAACUGGGGAUUUGGCCGCAACUGCCACCAACAGCAGUAGCAGCAGUCACUCGACGUCCAGCGGCGAUGCCGGAGCCAUCGGCACUGCCGCAUCCUCCUCGUCGUCGUCGUCGAGCAACAUCUUGAAGACAUCCACGAAGUUUAUUUACAAUAAGCCCCAGAACCACUACGAGUUGUUGCAGCAGCAGCUGCAGCUGCAGCAGGAGUUCGCCCAGUUCUUGACCAAUGUGGCCAACAGCGCCGCAACUCCAUCCAGCAACGGCUCGGCCAACACGGCAAACCAGCGUAAUGGAGGCGGAACCAUCGGGAUGGGUCUGGGAAUGUCGGCCAAUUCAGCUGGCGGAGGUUCGGGCAACAAAAACAGUAACGGCAACAACGGCUAUAUGCCAACCUGGUCUAAUUGGUUCUUUUAAAGUUUACUUUGGUUUGUCAUCAGUCCAUUUCACGGAUCCUUUGUAAUUUUAGGCAACGACUACUCAGUUUUUGGUUUUGAUGGUAUUGAUAUAAGUUUGAAAUGCGCAGAAGUUUAAAAGUAACAGAAUUGUUCACAUUUUGAGUUAAGAAUUUGUUUUUUCAUUGAAAUAAUGUAACCAUAAUUUUUUACGUUGACUAAGUUUUGAAAUCGUUUUUUUGUUUAUGCCCCCAUAGUUUUUUUUAAGAUUAGAUUCAAUUCGUAGAACUUACAUCUUUUGUUAAUGCACUUUUAAACCGUCUAGUCGACUUUCCCAAAGAGAAAGCUUCCAUGGGGAAAAGGGAAACAGAAAAGAUAAUGCUAUAGUUAAGUUUUUGUUUGAGGUGUAGAAGACGCAUACUCUACGGAUAUUUUUAAAUAAGAGUAAAAAUACAACUUGCAGGCAAAGAAGCCCCAAUCCACCAAAGAAUGAAAACAAACUUGACAAAUAUUUAA